UGUCAAGCUACACCACGCCCCUCCAGAUACUCGCGCAUCAAGAUGGCGACGUGCAGGACGACGGGGCGAAGCAGGAGAAACAUUUGUGCUCUUUCUCUUAUUAUUUUCCUCCAGCUGUUGGCCGGUGGCUGCCUGUCAGCGCCAGUUAACUCGACAGAGCCAAAAGAAGUGACUCAGAAUGGAAAUGUAUCUCAAGAUCUGACCACUUUGAACGAGAAGGGAAAUGACACCGAGCCUUCUCCACCUGAGCAGAGUUCAGCAGCUACAACAGUUCUCAAGAACCCCGUAAUACCCGUUAGUAAUGAGGCCGCACCAACGAAAAUAGCGCCUCCUAAAGACACAACAGCUGUUGAAGCAAAAGUGUCUCAAACGGACGGGGACACGCAUCAAACGUCAGUCAUUGGGACCUCUGUAAAUAAACCUCAGCAAGAGCCUGUGAGCGAUGAGGACAAAAAAGCGAAAGAAGUUGUCCCGGACAACGUCGAUGCGACAGAUGAACCUGCAGUUUCUGAAGCCAUUCCAGCCACGACCCAAGAAGUCGUCCCCAUCUCUGUCAAAGCCCCUGAACCAAUCAAACCUGUAACAGAAAUGCCCCAACCACCUUCCUCUGACUCCAAACCCUCCAGUGAACCGAACCCGUCCACGGUGCAGGACACCGAACCAGACCUGCUGGACACCACUGGGAGGGGACCAGCGCCUCACAUUGAUCUGGACGGUUACCCAGAUGAGGACGACAAAAACGAUGAGGACGACGAGGACGACGACGGCACCUACGGGGACAUCGACAACAUUGACAACAAUAUUGACCACAACGACAACGAAUACAACAAUGUCAGCGACGAUGAUAAAGACCAGACCCUGAACACGCACCAGCAGCAGGGCAGGGUGGAGGUGACCCGCUACAAGGGAGCGGACAGCUACAACACGGAGGACGAGGACUCGCACUUCUUCUUUCAUCUGGUCAUCCUGGCUUUCUUGGUGGCCAUCAUCUACAUCACCUAUCACAACAAGAGGAAGAUCUUCCUCCUGGCUCAGAGUCGGCGCUGGAAGGACGGUCUGUGUUCCCGGAACAACGUGGAGUAUCACCGCCUGGACCAGAACGUCAACGAGGCCAUGCCAUCCCUCAAGAUGACCCGGGACUACAUCUUCUGAUCGGCGUUCGUACCAAUGUCCUGACCUGCUCAGAUUCAGCGGGCCGUCCUUCCUGGCCGGGCGCUUCGUCGUUGAGCUUGAUGCUUUCACUCGCUCUCCGCGGCCAGGUGGAGAGACGGGCUGUCAUCUGUGGGAUAGAAUUAUGGGCAGGAUUUUUUGUUGUUGUUGUUGUCUGCAUUAAGAGUUUUUUUCUACUCUUCAUCUGUUAUUUCCUAUUUGUUAUAUUUUAAUGUUAUUUCUUGUUUGCUUUUCAAAAUUAAUAACUUGGGAUUUAAUGUUUUGGUUUAUUAGGGGUCUCAUAUAAAUCUUUAUUUUUUUUCUGUUUGCGCCUUAUGGUCCCUCUUCACCGAUAUUUUCUUCUGGCAUACUUUCUUGAUAUAAGUAAGAGUUGGAAGAAUUACAUGCUAAUGUAACCUUCAGGUCAUAAUUUAAUUAUUUUCCCCAAGAUUAGUAAUAGAUUUCUCUCUCAGCAGUUAUAAGCCAAGAUAUGAAUUGACAAACAAAGCAUAUGUUUUCAAAGCACCUGUUGUGUCAUGCAUACGUUUAUAUCGUAAAGGUGUAAGUACGCAAACCAAGUAGAAAUCUUUGAGAAGCAGAUGCACAUAUAUAUACAGAUUUAUAUUUAUAUAUAUGCAGUCAUUCCGAAAACUGUUCAUCCAUGAUAUUGAAGAGGUUUCUGUUUGCUGUAGGUCUACAGUAAUUUAAGUAGAGGAAACAUUGGGAAAUUUAAUUUAAUUAUAUAUAAUGUUGAAUAUUUUUUGUUUUUUUCAAUCACUUAUAUUUUCUGUUAAACCUUAGCUUAGAUUUAUUAUAGCCUUUUUGUUUCAAUUUUACAUAAUAUAAGGGACGUAAAAUCGCUACGUGACUACUCUUCAGGGGAGGGGUACGUUUGUGUGCUUAAGCAAUUGGAAUGAGGACAGAUGCUGUGUACUGUUCAGGUUAUGAUGUACUGAUAAUGUACAGAGACACGCAUUUCUUUCCCUGGUCAUCGAUUUAUAUUUGACUUGCCUUGUACGGCAGCUCUUCUUCUUCUUCUACUGCCCAGAUUUGCUAUGCAGAAAUCCUGGGGCUGGCCCUCUUUGUUUUAUGACUUCGGUGAAGUCUCUAUCGACCAUUUGUUAUCUUCAGCGUGGCAAAAAAAAAGUGACAAUUGUGUUUCCUCCUGCUCAAAAAAAUAAUACGUUUUAACUUUAAUUACUUCCUGUCAUGGUACAAAGCUGGUGGACUGUUGUUUGUUCAUCAGUGUUAUUUGCACGCUCUGCUCUGUGGCCAAAAAAAACACAGAUUUUUUUUUGUCACAUCCUGUUGCAUUUUCUUGCCUUCAGUUAAAUAUUUGUUCUCAAUCUCCUGUUGCCUUCUGCCAGUUGUUUCCACCCGUCUUGUCUGUAUUCAAACUUCACGGUGGGUAGAUAGAUGAUGCCAUUUGCACUUUUGCCAUUCAGUCACACUAACUAGAAGACCAGGGUGAGAGUUGUCCUGUGUCGAGGUGACGGAUCAAUCAACAGUAGAAAUUGAACAAUCACUUUUUUUUUUUUUUGUCAAUAAAGCACAAAUUGUGUACAGAGA